AACAAACACAAACAAUAAAGUAACUAACAAACAAACAAUCAUCCAGCGGUCUGUGACAGUGACCGUUUCAUUUAGGUCUGAUCAAAUUGCUCCUCAGCCUUCCAUGAGCUCCUGUUUCCUUCAACCAUCCAACAGCUUCAGAGUAUCUGAGUAGCAUCAGCUGUUACCGGGCAGAUAAAACUAUUAUCAGUGGCAAAGACUGACGGACUGCAGUAGUGCUGCAGUGACAGAGCAGAUGAUUGGUUAGUUUCUCCACCUUAGACCUUAUCUGCUAGGAUGUCCAGUCUCCAUGGAGCUGGGAGGGUUCCACCUCACACCUGCAGCAGGUAUGAGUUCUACCAGGAUGUCCAGGUUCUCCUCCACGCCCCCAGAAAGGCCCGAGCCAUGAGACUCUCCACUUAUCCGUCGGAAGUCAUACGACUGAGCAACCUUGGCGGAGUACUGUGCUUUUCAAACCCGAGACAGAGGGGUAACUCUAGCCUGCUGACUUCCGUGCGACAGCGUCACUUCCGUGCGACAGCUCAGUGCGACAUGGGUACCUCUAUGUACCCUGGGAAAGACCCACAUCUUAGAAUGGCAAAUGAAAAGAUAGCUGACCUGCUGGAAGAUGUUCACCGUCUCUCCGCUGAGCUGAGGGACAAAGACGCUCUGCUGGCCAGGACUAUGGAGGUGACCCACGAGCAGUCCAUGAGGAUUGCCUCACUCUCUGUGGCCUUCCAGGACACGGCACCCUGGGAUUCCUCUUGUCGAUGACCCUCGUCCUGCUCUACACCCAACCGCCAGUGAUCGUGGACAGAGGUAGUGAUCCGGGGCAGGCAGAAGACCCCAGUCAGAGCCGUCUCACCUCCACUUUCCCUCUCGAACCGUUUCAUGGCUCUGUCGCAGAUUGAAGAAAAGCCAGCGGUUUUCUCUGCACCAGCAGCCAACGGCGUGUCAGCGGCUUCCUGCUCCAACGACCCGGCAUCCAUGGGCCCGGCGGCUCCCCCUCCGCUGCUGGACAUCGAGACGGCUGUACACUCCGCCGGAUCGGCAUCCCCGCCGGUUGCAGUCCCGGAUCAGCAGCUGUCAUCCCGCCCCUCGACCUCUGCUUCACGCCGGAGGCUCCUAGAGGAGGCUGUGCGGAGGCGUUCGGGAGCCUCCACUGCCCUGGCACGACCCUGGAUCAUCGUCCCGGCGCUGAGUCUGCUACCUGUCAUGACGGUCAUCAUCAUCCGGAGCCCACGGAGCUCCCCUCCGCCAGACCUGGCACUGCUGUCGGCACAAGGACCUCCGCCUCCCCUCCCGCUGAGCGGCCCGCCUCAGCGCUACAGCGGAGGGACACACGCCCAGCUCCGGCUUCUCUCCCUGCCCGUCGCCCGAAGGUGCCAGCGAAGCGUUCCCCAGCUCCAGAUGGAGGCGUUGCUGGCUUGCCCCACCAGUCACCUCGUCUACUGUUUAGUCCCACAACUCUCAUCAUCGGCGACAGCAUCGUCAGAAACAUCCAUUUCUUCAACGCCAACACUCUGUGUUUUCCUGGCGCCACCGUUGCUGUAAUCCUGGAGAAACUUCCUGAGCUGCUAAAGUCCAUCCCAUCCUCAGUAUGCCGUGUGAUAAUUCACGUUGGCACAAACGACACGACCUGGCGACAGUCUGAGCUGAUGAAAAAGGAUUUUAUGGACCUCGUCAGACUUGUGGAAAGCUGUGGUAAGUCAGUCUUCGUCAGCGGACCAAUUCCGACUCUGUCUCACGGUGCCGAGCGCUUUUCCAAAGUCCUCAGUUUGAGCACCUGGCUCCAGCACACAUGCACAGCUCACAACCUGAAUUUUAUUGACAAUUUUAACCUCUUCUGGAACCGCCCUGGAAUUUAUCGACACGACGGACUGCAUCCAAGCACACUGGGCAGCUCGGUUUUAACAGCAAACAUACACCACGCGGUUCAAUCAGCACCUGCUGACUGACUGCCCACAGGCCACGCCCACUCACCACACACCUCACACACCUCCCCUCUUUCCACGGAGACACGGGACAACAUCACCCACAACAUCCCAGCUGUAGUUUUUAACAGAUCACACAGAACCCGGACUGUUUUUAGAUCAAGAACUUUGAUUCCUUUAAAACGCCAGGAGGAGCACGCGUUUGGCACGAGCAUCAACAUGGCUGUGCUGAAUGUGCGCUCUCUUUUAAACAAAACUUUUAUUACUAACGACCUGAUUUUAGAUAAUAAACUGGAUAGUCUUCUCCUGACAGAGACAUGGCUUGGCACUGAUGCACCUGCUGUUCUCACCGAGGCUUCCCCACCAAAUUUUAACUUUUUAUUCUCCACCAGACAGAGUAGAAGAGGAGGCGGAACAGCCUCCAUCACUAGAAAUGCUCUCACCCCAACCGAAGUGUCUUUUAACAGUUACUCAUCAUUUGAGCAUCAUGCCUUUGUUUUUAGCAGCACUCAGAUCCUCUGUUUAACAGUGUACAGACCACCCCAUCACUCCAGCCUUUUUAUCAGUGAAUUUUCAGAACUUUUAUCAAUCAUUCACACCAAAUACAACAGAGUUUUAAUAACUGGUGAUUUUAAUCUACACAUCGAUAACACCUCGGACCCAAUGUCCAGAGACUUUUUAAAUCUUUUAAACUGCCUUGAUUUUAAGCAACAUGUCACGCAGCCGACUCACAGCAGGGGACACACCCUGGACCUGGUUCUAACCCAUGGCCUGUCCAUUGGACCUGGUUCUAACCCAUGGCCUGUCCAUUGGUGUGUCCUCUGUUGUUGACCUGGCUAUGUCUGACCAUUACUGUGUGUUUUUUAAUAUCACCAGUUUUAACCAGCAGGAGGCCCCGGUGAGAAUGGUGAGGAAACACUACCUAACUUCUGAAGUGGCUGCAAAUUUUAUUGAGAUUUUACAAAGCACUCCUGCCGAAAUUUUACCUGCACAGUGUGAUUUUAUCGUUGAUAAUUUUAACAGCAGACUGAAGUCAACCCUGGACUCAGUAGCUCCACUUUUAACUAAAAAAUCAGAAGAAAAUCUAUACCCACGUGGAGAAAAAAUGAUAAAAUCAAUCAAUUAAAAAGAAACUGCAGGAGUGCUGAAAGGAGAUGGAGGAAAUCAAAGUUAACAGUUCACUACGAAAACUUACGUCAACAACUCAAAACCUACAAUAAAGCAGUCUAACAGGCAAGAACUUCCCAUUUCGCACAGCUUAUCACAGACCAUAAAAACAACCCCCGGUUCCUCUUCUCCACCUUUAAUGUUUUAGCAGGCACUAAUUUUAAUAAAGCUGUUAAGACGCAAUCUGACGCUCUCUGUGAGAACUUUGCAGACCACUUCAGAACCAAAAUCAAGGACAUCGGAUCCAGCCUUUUAUCCCUACAAGUUUUACCUGUGAACACACCUGAUCUGCUGUCCUUACCUGAGGAAACGCUGGAGAGUUUUGCCCUGGUUGAUGCAAGGACGCUUGGUUGAGUUUUCUCCCAAGUGAACCCAACAACCUGCCUUUUAGAUCCAAUUCCCACACCUCUCUUAAAAUCCUUUUAUGGAUUCUUUGAGGAACAGUUUUUAAACAUUAUAAAUUGCUCUCUUCAGACGGGUGCCUUCCCCACUGCCUUUAAAACGGCGGUGGUGAAGCCCCUUCUGAAGAAGAGCAAUUUAGAUCCCAAUGUUCUCAAUAACUACCGUCCUGUAUCCAACUUACCAUUUUUAAGUAAAAUUUUAGAAAAACUGGCUUUUAACCAAGUCAAUGACUUUUUAUACAGAAUUAACAUUUUAGAAAAACAUCAGUCUGGUUUUAGAAUGAACCACAGUACAGAGACAGCACUUUUAAAGAUUUUAAAUGACAUCAGGUGGAAUUUGGAUAAUAAAAAACUCACAGUGUUGGUUCUACUGGAUCUAAGUGCUGCUUUUGAUACAGUAGACCAUCAUAUUUUGUGAAACAGACUCAAACACCUGGUCGGCCUCUCUGGUACUGUUUUUAACUGGUUUGAUUCCGACCUCACAGACCGUUGUUUAUAUGCAAGUAUGGAUACGUGUUCCUCAGGAACCCAUGAAAUUAGGUGUGGGGUUCCCCAAGGGUCAAUUUUAGGUCCCAUUCUUUUUAAUCUUUGUAUGCUUCCUCUUGGGGACGUCAUCAGGAGACACGGCAUCAGUUUCCAUAGCUACGCUGACGAUACACAGCUGUACAUUGCUGUGUCUCCUGAUGACACAGGGCCAAUAGAUACCCUUUUAAACUGUAUUUUAGACAUUAAGUCAUGGAUGGCAGUGAACUUCCUACAGCUCAACCAGGACAAAACUGAGGUUUUAGUUGUAGGUCCUGAAGGCCAGAGAGAGAAACUUUUAUCUAAACUACAAGAUUUUAAACCAGCAAAAUUUGUAAAAAACCUGGGCGUGAUUUUCGACUCUGAGCUGAAUUUUAUGUCACAUAUUAAAAAUAUAGCAAAAAUAGGUUUUUAUCAUCUGAAUAUGGAAGCAAAUCAGACUCAUCAGAUUCUGAAUUUUAAAAGCUGCUGAAUUUCUUACUUUGAAUUUUUUUGCAUCAAAAUUACGUAUGUGAAUUUUUUUAUGCCUGAAUUUAGCUCAUCAAAAUUCUAAAAACCAGUUAAAAAUUCAAUGUCUUCAAAAUUCGCCAUCAAAAAAAUUCGGUCUUCAAAAUUCGUCGUCAAAAAAAUUCAAUGUGUUCAAAAUCCGCCAUCAAAAAAUUCAAUGUUCAAAAUUCGCCAUCAAAAAAUUCAAUGUUCAAAAUUCGCCGUCAAAAAAUUCAAUGUUCAAAAUUCGCCGUCAAAAAAUUCACUGUUCACAUCCAGGGGACUCAGGCGUAAACAAUCGAUCUUGGCCAAACUGGAACCAACGCCCAGCCAAUCACGUGACGCUCCUCCGGUCAUGUGACGCAGACGGUUCACCUCACAAGACUGGGGUCAACCACGGCUGCCAGUGUGAACGACGGGGCUUCACAACACCAUCUGAACUGACCAGUCUGGUGAAAUUCUGGACUGGAUGGGAGACUCUACCAAGAACUCUCUCCUCAGAAGUAGUGAAUGGCAGAUACCUGACAGCCUCCACCUGCUAUGAGACCUUACAUUCCCAGGACAUUACAAGGACUACGCAUCAUUUAAGACUGACAUCCUGGCCUGUAUUUGCACUUGCCAGUCAAGAUAUGUUGUGUGUUGUUCUCUAGUUAGUUUUACUUGACUGACAAAACUAAGUGCACUGUUGGAUUCCCUCCCCUACCUGUUCUCCCAACUCACCUGACAGGUUAUCUGGCUCAAGUAUGCGUGUUUCUGCCAUACAUUUAAUGUAUCUGAAGUUAAGAUAUUUCUGGUGAACAAUAUAUGCAAUCACAGCAUUAAAGCAGGAGUUAAAAAUGAACUGGACUGUACUGACUUUAUUUUGUCACUGGUGAAUGGGAUGAAAAUCCGUUGCAAUAUUA